CAUCAACCUCCUUCGCGCUUUCUGCAGCCAUCUCGUCUCGCGACGCGAGCCAAGCGUAGGAGAGCAAUUGCGUCUGGUUGGGAGGUGGAAAAGCGCCUGUAGUCGCCGAAUGGCCUGAAGUAGCCCGUGUAGUCGCUAGACGAAGCCGACGGGUAGACCUGGUCAAAGGUGUGCGAACCUAGUAGUGCGCUGUGCAGCCUAUCUGGCAAUUCCAAAUGCAACGUGAGGUCAACGAGGGUUUGGUCGCAAUCGAUUUGGACUCAAUCAAUCCUGGUCUCAAACCUGGGGCGAUCUGCCACUGUAGAUUGUGAAACGAACAGAUUCGCUUCGCCACAUUUGGAUCGGCGUGCAAGCGAAGCAGACUCAGCGUCCCGCCCAGCGACAGCCGUCGCACUUGUCGUUGCAUUUGCCGUCGCACGUGUCGACGCUACGUCAUGUGGUGGCCCAGCGACGUCAAGCCGUCAGCCGCAUCCAACGGCGCAGAUCGCGUCGGAGCCAGCGUGAGAUCGCGGCCGUCGCGCACGCAGCGACCAUGGGCGGAGGAUCUCGUCUCAGGCACCGACGACGACGCCGUGACCGACGCCGCAGUUCGCGGGUGGGCGACCCCGGCACGCGACUGGGAUGCGCGGAGCGGCGACGAGGGGGAGGUGGUAACGGGGGAAGGCGCGGGAGGUGGUUUGCUGCAACAAUCAGCGCGACUCGGAGGCGGAUCGGAUCUUGAGGGGCGGAUUAGGCGGGCGUGCGAGUGGGUGGGGGUGCUCCCUGGCGCGGCGCGGCGUAUAGAAGGGCCAGUGGGAAGCGCGGCGGAGAUCGCGGGUGGUUGCGCGGGCCCUUCUGGCAUUACCGAGAUUCUUGCGGGUAGUUUCGACGGCCAGGAUCCGUCGUCGGGCAGAUCGGAGUCAGUGCGCGCGAGUUUGCCGCCGUCGGAUGCGCUACGAGCGGAUCGGCCGCUGAGCAACCACCUCUCCGCAUCCGGCCCCGCAUCUGGCGCCGCGAAUCGCGCGUGGGAGGCGGGGUAUGAGUUUGAGCUGCUCACAGCGGCGUGGGGGGAGCAUCUCCCCGUGCUGCUGCUCGACGCUUCCCCGCCUUCCGCCGUCCCCGCCCGCCCUUGCGCCAAGAGCCUCCCCCCGCCAAGCGCUCCGCAGCACCGCGCCUUGCGCCACGCGGCGGGGGAAGCGCGCGGCGGGCGCGGGGAGCGGAGCGCCGCCGCGGCCGGGGCGGCAACGGGAGGCCGCUUGGGGGAGACGGCGGGGGCGGAGGGGUUGGAGGGCUGGCCGCUGCAAGGCAGAGACCAGCGCACUGGCGAGGCGGGUGGCAGCAGCAGCGCAGCUGGUAACCCCACGGGUGGUAACAGCAGCAGAGGAGGAGGUAGCAGUGGUUGCUCCAGCGAUGGUGGUGUCGGGGGGGCGAGGGCGGAUGCGAGCAACAGCAAGCGACGCACGGACAUCACACGCCAGCGCUCCCAGCACGCCCAGCACACAGCCCUUGCUGUCGCCGUUCCAGGACACGCCCCCGUGCCACACCGGCGUGAGGUUCUGGUCGUGGCAGCAGGCUCGGAAGGCCACUUCUCGGUCGCAGAGAGCACUCCCUGCCGUGCCUCGUUCCAUUCCCCCGCCCCUCCCCCGUUGCCCCCUGUGUUCGCCUCGCUCUCCUCCUCGGCUCUUGCUGCCAAAGGGGCAGGGGAGGGCGCGGCGAAGCGGGCGGCGGAAGCCCUUGCGCGGAACGGCGCGCACUGGCGGAAGCUGCUGCCGUGGGGAUGGCGGAAGGGGUCCGCGCAGGUUGGGGUCGAAGGCGGAGGCGGGGUUCGGGGCUUAAGUGAAAUCAACGAUCGAGAGGAAGGGGGGAAGGGCGAGGAGGGUAAGGAGGUGCAAGAGAAGACUGGCGCGACUGCCACAGGUCUUGCUGCUGCCGCCCCUGCUGCUGCUGCUGCUGCUGCUGCUGCUGCGGCUGCUGGUGGCGUUGUUGUUGGUUCCGCUGCAUCUGGCAGUGGCGCUGCUGUGGCUGGCGGGGCGUUGCGGGGCGAGCAGAAGCGGGGGGGCGAGCGGCGGCGCACGAGCGUGUCGCGGAACGCGCUGGCGGGGGGCCUGGCGGGCGGCAUGGUGAGCGUGUGCAUCCACCCCAUGGACACCGUGAAGACCGUGCUGCAGGCGCACCGCGGCCAGCCCAAGGGCGUCAUGGCCGCUGUGGGACGCGUGGUGAAGGAGAAAGGCCCGCUGGGGCUGUAUUCGGGCGUGGCGGCGAGCCUAGCGACGGCGGCGCCCAUCAGCGCCAUCUACGCGUGCACGUACGAGGCCGUCAAGGAGGCGCUGCUGCCGCACGUGCCCCCGCGCCUGGCGGCAGUGGCGCACUGUGUGGCGGGUGCGGCGGCGAGUGUGGCGACGUCGGUGGUGUUCACGCCCAGCGAGGCCGUGAAGCAGCGCAUGCAGACCACCACACAGUUCCGCUCCUCCCUGCAUGCGUUGGUGGGCAUGGUGCGCACGGAGGGCGUGGUGUCGCUGUACGGCGGGCUGGCGGCCGUGCUGGCCCGCAACAUACCCAACUCCGUUAUCAAGUUCCUGACGUAUGAGGCAUUGAAGAAGCGAGCACUGGAGGCCCAGAGCAGGGCAGCGGGUGGCAGGGAGGGCACUCAUGCCACGCUGCUCACGCCGGCCAACCAGCUGCUGGUGGGAGGAGCGGCGGGGUCCACAGCGGCGUUCUGCACGACGCCGUUUGACGUGGUGAAGACACGCCUGCAGACCCAGCUACCAGGAGCGCCCAAGUACAAGGGGGUGGUGGACGCCUUUGCUCGCAUUGUCAGGGAGGAGGGGGUUGGCGCUCUCUACCGUGGCGUGGCCCCCCGGCUGCUGAUCUACAUCUCCCAGGGCGCCAUCUUCUUUGCCUCCUAUGAGCUCCUGCGCCGCCUGCUGCUGCCCUCGCACUCCCUCCCACUGCCGCACCCGCAGCGACAGCCACAGCAGCUGAAGAAGGUUCAGCAGCAGCGGCUGGGCGUGGCAGAAUCAGGGGAGGUGGUUGAGAAGAGAGGCAGGAGUGCAAGCAGCGAGGGGGGGAGGAACAAAGUGGCACCAUCGUAGGGAAGUGAUGGAGGGAACAGACCAGCAGCAUCAGCACCCGCACCAUCGGCAGCAGCAGAAUUUAGAAUAGCAGCUGGCAAAUAGUGGGGAAAUGCGGUAGUUUUUCCGAUCUGGGGUGUUUCUUUUGAUGACCUGCUUACAAGCUCCUUCCAAGUGCUAGGAGGAGUGCGUGUCAGCUCAUUUUACGUAUUUUAUAAAUAAAUUAGUUGCAC